CUUCGCGACAACGUGCUCUUCUGUGGUGGAGGUACUUACGUUGCUUAAUGAUGUAAUCGCGCUUUAUUUCGAAAUGAGCAUCUCCUGCAUUAAGUAUUUGUCUUUUAUUUCGACACCGAUUUCAUGCACUCUCCAAAUCGUGAGUGCAAUAUAUGACUCGAAGCCCUUAUUUAUAACACCUUCCCUAAAGGAGAAGGACGAAAGGGGAGAGGUUUCGCAACAAGAUGAAAAACUACAAAACCGCCAUCACGCCAGGUUCGCCGUCAACCGAAACCGGUUACGGAUUUACGGGGAAGUGAGGGGGCCACACGACAUGCACAUUAUCGGGUUCACGAUUCGAACUAAACGAACCUGUUGACGCCUUUUUUUGGAGACUUCGACGAGAAAAAACAAACUCAUCAUGAUGUACGAGCCGCAUCGACCUGCUGUACUAGACUCCACAAGUAGAUGUAGAACUACAUCAUCGCACAACGAUGAUUGUUGAUAAUGAAAGGUAAUGUUGACGUUCACGGCCCUACUUCAAAAAGGAACUGGCCACUGUACAACUGCCAUUCUACAUGCACUCUGCAUCAAAAUAAACCCUGAGGUACUGACUCUGACACAUUUGUUCCAACGAAGUGUGUCGGCUAAAUUUCUUGCUUUUCGAUUUGCAAAAAUUCUGCUUUGCAGACAUUUGACGACGUAA